AACUGCUCAACCACCCUUACCCCACCGAUCACCUAUAAUUAUUACUCUCUCUGUUUUUCUUUCAUUACUUCACAACUCACAACCUUCUCUCCCAAACAGAGCCAUCUUCUUAGCUCAUGAAUCCUCAUUGUCAACACUAAACCUUUCAAAUUCCUCUUUACAUUGCAACUUCCUAAUUUUGAGAUUGCAUUUUAGUUGAAAUGGCUAAAAUGUUUAGACUUAUGUUACUUUGUUCUGUUUUGCUUGCUCUGUUUUUGUCUUCCUCUGCGCAAUCAUGUGCCAAAUAUGCCUUUGCAAGCAACAAAGUGUUUAGUUCCUGCAAUGAUCUCCCAUACUUGAACUCUUUUCUUCACUGGACUUACAACCCAUCUUCAGGAACUGUCCAAAUCGCUUAUCGACACACCCAAAUCACAACUUCAAAUUGGGUUGCUUGGGCCAUCAACCCACAAUCUAAAGGCAUGGUUGGAUCUCAAGCUCUUGUGGCUUUCCAGAAAUCUGAUGGAACUAUGAGCGUUUACACGGCACCAGUGACCAGUUAUCAGACCCAAUUGCAGAAAGGAGAUUUGAGUUUUGGAGUAUCGGGUUUAUCGGCUACUUAUUCCAAAAAUGAAAUUGUAAUCUUUGCUACUUUGCAACUGGCAAACAAUAGUGGAACAGUGAACCAGGUUUGGCAAGAUGGACCAGUUAAGAAUGAUGCUCCUGGGAUGCAUGUUACUUCUGGUCCUAAUAUUCAAUCAAUGGCCAGUCUGAAUUUUCUUUCUGGACAAUCUGGGACAACAGGAGGAGGUGGAGCAUUGAAUUCAAGACUCAAGAAAAAGAAUCUACAUGGAGUGUUGAAUACAGUGAGUUGGGGGAUGAUGAUACCAAUUGGGGUAGUGAUAGCAAGGUACUUGAAAGUAUUCAAAGCAGCAGACCCAGCAUGGUUUUACCUUCAUGCGACUUGCCAAACCUCAGCUUACAUAAUUGGUGUAGUUGGAUGGGCAACUGGUCUCCAGCUAGGGGCUCAGUCUCCUGGCAUCCAAUAUACUGCUCACAGAACCAUUGGCAUUGUACUUUUCUCUAUUGCUACCCUUCAGGUGCUUGCUUUGUUUCUGAGGCCAAAAAAGGAACACAAGUACAGAUCAUACUGGAACAUCUACCACCACUUGAUUGGAUACGCAAUCAUCAUCCUAGGCAUCAUGAACAUAUUCAGAGGAUUCAACAUCUUGAAUCCAGAGGAGAAAUGGGAGAGAGCUUACAUCAUCUUCCUCGUGGCUUUGGCCGCCAUUGCUGCAUUCUUGGAAGUUUAUACGUGGAUCGUGGUUGUGAAGAGGAAGAAGUCAGGGGGAUAUGACAAGACCCCUCAUGGCAUGAAUGGAACAAAUGGGUUUAAUGGGUGUGGAGCUAGGGCACAACAUGGGGUGUAGAAUGUAGAUAGAUCUCAUGGUUUCAUAUUUACUUUUUUUGUUUUGUUUUUUUUGUUUUUGUUUUUGUUUUUGUUUUGUUUUACUGGUUUGUUGAUGCACCACUAUUUAUAGAUAAUGAAUGAGAGUACUUAGGACACCUGAUGUAUUGGGGGAGUCCAUGGUUAGAUGUAAUUGGUAGCAUAGGGUGUGUCUCGACAGUUACAUGUAUUUGUUUCUUAUGUAUUAUUAUUACCAGUUUUAUAGAUCGUUGUCUUUGCAUUUUGUUUCUA